AUGUCUGAAUCACCUGAUAUCGCUCAGAAGAAGCGUAAGCUUCAAGACGGCCCCGAGCUCGAGAUUGAUGUUACUGCUCCCGAGCCGCAGUCCAAGAAAGCACUGCGCAAAGCAAAGAAGCAAAAGUCCGAACCUACAAAGGAAGCAUCUGAGAAUGAGAAGCCUGAGACCGAUGAUAAGCCUCAGACUGAGAGGCGUCCAUACCAGGAGCCUGCUGCCCCUAAGCGCUCCGAUUAUGGAAUCUGGAUUGGAAACCUGGCGUUCACCGUAACCCGCGACGAUCUACGCACCUUCUUCACCAGCAACUGCACUUUUGACGAUGCUACAAUUACUCGUAUCAACAUGCCCAAGGGACAAGAAAGAUUCGGAAAGGUUCAGAACAAGGGUUUCGCCUAUGUUGAUUUCACCACCCAAGAAGCCUUGGAAGAGGCAUUGGGUUUGAGUGAGCAGCUUGUGACAGGUCGCCGAGUGCUGAUCAAGAAUGCAAAGAGCUACGAAGGUCGACCUGACAAGCCCCGCGACCAAGAGAAUGCAGCCAACGCCAAGCCCGGUCAUCCUCCAUCCCGCCGUAUCUUCGUUGGAAACCUGGGCUUCGAUGUCACCAAGGAAGCUGUGGAGCAGCACUUCGCCCAAUGCGGUCCCCUAGCCAAUGUGCACAUGGCUACUUUCCAAGACUCAGGGAAGUGCAAGGGAUAUGGAUGGGUUGAAUUUGAAGAUAUCGCUUCUGCGGAAAUCGCCGUCAAGGGGUACAUGAUGGUUGCAGAGGAUGACGAGGAAUCCUCAGAUAGCUCAGACUCUGAAUCGGAUGAUGCUGCGGCCGAUAAGAAGAAGAAGAAGCGCAAGUUCAAGAAGCCCUUCCAGCGGAAGGUCUGGGUGAAUCAGCUUAUGGGUCGCCGUAUGCGUAUGGAGUUCGCUGAGGAUGCUACCACUCGAUACAAGAAGCGUUUCGGUAAGGAUGCCGAAGGAAAGAAGGGAGAGAAUGGGGAAGGUGAAACCAGUUCUGAGAGCCGUCCUCCUCGAGUAUACAAGCCUAAGAAGCCAGAGUUUGACGAGUCUCGAUACUCCAAGGAUACCGUGCAACGUCUCAGUGGUGCGAUUGUUGAGGGACAAGGUUCCAAGAUCAACUUUGACUAG